AUGUUACUGUUUCUAUUUGUUUUGGCACUCGUGCUACCUAGUUGCACCGCUUUGGAGCCUUCUUAUGGUGUACAGGACGGUCUUUUGGAACGCUUUUCUACACUGAGGCGUGAAGAGCCUUUUCUUUGUCUGUGUGGCAAUGCAACAAUUAUGGGUUACCAGGUUAAUGACGAUUAUUGCGAUUGCCCAGAUGGGAGCGAUGAGCCGGGCACCUCAGCCUGUACUAACCCAGGGAUGAGAGUUAAGUUUCCUGCCAAAUGGAACUUCAGGUGCAAAAAUCUUGGCUUCAAACCAAAGGAAGUGCCACACAACAGAAUUAAUGAUGGAAUAUGUGACUGCUGUGACGGUUCUGAUGAGUAUUCUGGAAUUGCCGUCUGCCCCAAUGUCUGUGCUGAGGCUCAAGAACGUGAAGAAAAGCUGCGGUUGGAGGAGGAGCAGGCCAAGCAAGCGGGACUUCGUGAGAAGGAAAAAAUGAUGGUGCAGGUUGCAGUAAAUCGUGCAAAUGAUAAAGUCCAACUUGCAAAUGAAACCGUGGAAUUAGAAAGAUUGAGGAGUGUUGUUGCGGAAAAAGAGCUCAAACUUCUUCCUUUGGAGGAAAGGGAAAAAGAGGAGAAGCAGCGCUUACUUGACGCUUACAAGGCAUCCCUUGAGGCUUCAAAGGAAGAACAAGAGAAGAACCAAACAGACAAUUUGAAUACCACAGUAACUUCGGCUAUGAAUUGUAUUCGAUGGAGCCAAACUGGAUUUUGUGGCGGCAAAGAGGAAGCACCUCUUAGUGAUAAAGGGUGUGAUGAGGUUAUUUCGCCUUCUGAAGCAGGUUUUCUGUGA